GGCAUAUUCGUUCUCGUAUAACUAAGAUAACCCAUUUAAGCAAUCUUUUAUCGAUCGUCAUUGAUAAAACUUUACGUGUUGCUGUAUAUUAGGUCAGUUGGAUCAAGAGACUUCUCCUUUUCUCGUAUUGAAAGGAGAAUCUCAUUUCCUUCGUCCGCCGAUCCGUGGGAUAUCUUUUUCAUCCACGCUUUAAUUAAACUGACAGCCUCUAGGGCGGUGUGAUACGAGGGAAAAAAAGAAGAAUGGCUUGCUCUUCUGCCAUAACACAGUACAAAUUUGUGCUGUCAUUCCUCAUUAUUGCUUUGCUUGCACUUCAAACAUGUGCAGACAAAGAACCUCACGAAGACAGUAAAGAGGAUAUAUCGAUAGAACAUGGGAAAAGUAGUAAAGAGAUUAAAGGAACGGUAGCUCCUAUGAAUGAUCUGGGAUUUGCUCAUGCAUUUUUAGCGUCACUGUCUGUUAUUAUUGUGUCUGAAUUGGGUGACAAAACGUUCUUCAUUGCUGCUAUUAUGGCAAUGCGACACUCACGUGUAGUUGUGUUUAGUGGUGCUAUUCUUGCUUUAAUAAUUAUGACUUGUAUUUCAGUUCUUUUUGGAUGGGUUACGGUAAUAAUACCGAGGGUAUACACCUAUUGGAUAUCAACGGCGUUAUUUGCUGCAUUUGGACUUAAGAUGUUAAAAGAAGGAUACUCCAUGUCACCAAAUGAGGGACAGGAGGAGUUUGAAGAGGUGCAAUCUGAUUUGAAGAAACAAGAAGAUGAGGAAAAAGAAAAAGAAACGACACAAUUGCUGGACGAAGAAGCUGGAGGUUCGUCCGUGCAAAAGCCUCUGAGUCUGCGUCAGCGAAUCUCAGGAUACAUACCCAAAGUCUUCUUGCAAGCUUUGACUCUUACCUUUUUGGCGGAAUGGGGUGAUCGUUCUCAGCUGGCAACGAUAAUUUUGGCAGCACGAGAAGAUAUCUUUGGUGUAAUGCUAGGAGGCGUUUUAGGACAUGGGCUGUGCACAGGCUUAGCAGUAUUGGGCGGAAGAAUGAUUGCCCAAAAAAUUUCCGUCAAGACAGUGACACUCGUCGGUGGAGUUGUGUUUCUCAUAUUUGCUGUAUCGGCAUUGUUUUUUGAUCCAGAAUCAUAAAUUGAUGGUCUGCCAUAUCACAAAUACGUUUCGGAGAUUUAAAUAAAUAGGCCAACAAUUUUCAAAUUUUUUUCUCCAGUAAACGUGCUGAAGAGCCUAAAAUACAAAUUCUGUUGUUUCCAAUA